AACAUUAUUACUAAAAAACUGCGCGAAUUAAAAUCGCGAAUAAAAAUGCGAAUCACGAGAAUCGCACUUUGAAUCCUUAUCGCCGGUCGCAGAAUCACGUGUGUAUUGUAUUAUUGUAUAUGGCGGUAGCAGUAGCGUAGAACAGUUCUCAAGCAUCGGUUGUGUCACAAAAUAAUCGUUCACCAUGAGUGUUAGCGACUUGAACGAGUCAAGCAUAUCUGAUCUCUUUGAAGAGCAUAUGAAGAAUCCCAAUAUCCUCAUGAUCGGCACCACCGUGGCCACAGGUUUCGAAUGGGAGGCGAUCGACGAGUGCAGGGAGAAACUGCAGAAGCAUUUGCGGGUGGUCAAGGGGCGUGGAAAGGUUUACUUCAACAUAGACUGGGACCAGUUCGCAAAAGUCCAAGAGAUGCGAUCUAUAGACAACAUAUACAUAGUAGCUGACACAGCACGGUACAGUUUUGGCCAAAGCAAAGAGAGCAAAAAAGCUGACUUGGAACUGUUCGUAGACUCGGUGAACAAAAGUACGAACUUGUCCAAGGGUCUUGACGCGUGGAAGCGUGCAACGAAUUUCAAGGGGAAGCUCUACCCUACAAUCGAAGAGUACAACGUAGCUAAGGAACAGGCUCUUGCUGCGAAAACAGAGGUGUCAGAGAUAGACAAUGAGAAGAAAGAGGAAGAAGAACCGAAAUCCGAGUCUAAGGAAAAAGAUGCACCAGACGCACGUAAGAAGAAAAAAAGGGGACAAGACCCUUCUGAAUCUAAGGAAGAUGACAUACUUAAGUACAGAGUAACCUGCGAGAGGACUGGCGAGCAUUCGUUCGAGUCAAACGACGUCGCCAAGGUUGUCGGAGGAGAAUUGCAAGAGAAGUAUCACUGGAUCGUUGAUUUGUGCACGUAUCAUCUGGAGAUCGUCUGCAAAUUGAUGCAAAAUUUCAUGCUAACGCACUUACGUGUCACGCACGAAUCCAAGCAUCGCAGGAACAUUGAAAACUUUGGACCAACCACUCUCAGGUCAACUAUAUGUUAUAACCUGCUAAGACUAGCGCAUCCUAAGCCAGGAGAUUUAAUAGUCGAUCCUAUGUGCGGCGGAGGCUCGAUUCCCAUAGAGGCGGCGCUAGCCUAUCCGCAAUCACACGUCUUGUGCGGAGACAAUCAUCCCAAAGCUGUGAACAGGGCACAAUCCAAUGCCUCGGUGGUUGGAUGCGAAGUAGGUCUCGUGCAAUGGAACGCUUCGAAACUGCCAUUUAAAGACUCCUUCGUCGACAUCAUCGUUACCGAUAUGCCUUUCGGUAAGAGAAGCGGCACUAAAUCGGACAACAGAGUGCUUUACAAGCAGUUCCUGCUGGAGCUCGGGCGAGUGGUGAAGUUAUCGUCUGGACGAAUAGUUCUCCUGACUUACGACAGAAAUAGUUUCAAGCAAGCACUGCAGACAGCCGGUGACCUGUUCUGGGUGAAGAAAACGGUUGGCGCGAACAUCGGAGGUCUGCAAGCGGUAGUUUACGUUCUCAGCCGCACUCACGUAUCUCACCACGGCUUCAAACCGCGCGUCGUUAAGCAGUACAAUCGUCCGAAAGCCUAGAAACGAGCUCAACGACCAAUCGAUUGAAUCGAUUAAAAGACUUGCUUGACCAAUGAAACAACAGAAUCCAUAACGGAAGUUAUUUUCAUAAGUGUUGUGUUCAUAAUAUUUAUAUUUUUCUACGAAAGAGUUAAUAUAAAGUUUCUUUAUACAAGUUUAUUAUAACAGA